AUGGAAGCACUAAACCUCAACAAUGCUUCUAUUUCCUCGACUUUACCAAAUGCAAAUUUGCAUUUACCUCCUCUCCCUCCAACCCCGGACCCUAUGCAACCCCCCCUUAAUUUGACUAGGGCAGUCGGCAAAAAGCCCAGUAGGGAAAAUGAAACCUCCGAAUCUGAAAAGAGGAAGAAAGUGGCAUCUUCAUCUGAAGAUGAGAUGUCUUGUUCAAACCAUGAAGAAUCAUCUUCAUCCCAAAAAGAUAAUGUCGAGUAUAAUGUGGAAAAACCGAGGGAAAAACAGAUGUUCGCCAAAGAGGUUGGGGAUGGUAAACCUGACUUCAGCUGGAGCGAAUGCUGUGGAAAAUUGAAAUUUUUGUUAGAUUUAUUUCUGCCCUUGAGAGAACUCGCGAGUAAGAUUAGUAAUGACACAAUAGUCGACCAUUACUUGAUGAAUAUAAAAAUCGAUGAUUUGACCACCACCCUGAAGGAAGCCUGUGAUGAAUUAUUGGUUUCAUGUCAGGGUUAUUUUUUUGCCUCUGACCUCGAAAGUCAGCAUUCAAAAAUUGAUGAUGAAAGUGCAAAUGGCAAUUUAGUUGCACAUGAUCCUGGUAUAAGGCAAAUUAUUGAAAAUGAAGCACAAAGAAAAUUUUUAAUAGGACUAGGUCCUAUUUUAUCAUCAUUUCCAGUGCACAAUGAGGAGAACAAGUUCAUUUGCCGAUGGUCUAAGAAGUUUCCUCUUUUGGAAUACAGUACCAUUAAGGAUGCAGCCUUUUGCUUCAUUUGUUCUCUAUUCCCCAAAGGAAUUGGGAGAGAAAAGGCAGAAUCAGCCUGGACCAGCAAAGGAAUAAGUUCAGAAGAAACAGCAGCUAGACAAGGAUCAGCAUUCAGGGGGAAUGAAACCGAUGACGAAAAUUUUUCGCAAAUAGUACGCCUUAUGUCGAGACAUGAUUAUAUGUUGAAAAAGUGCUUGGACAACCGGAAACUUCGACCCUAUCAUACUACAUAUAUGAGUUCAAAAUCACAAAAUGGGUUUUUCGAACUUUUAGGAGAUGGAGUAAGGAAAUCCAUUGUUAAUGAAAUUCAAACAGCACCAUUUAUAACAGUUAUGGCUGAUCAUACACCAGAUAUUCCACACGAAGAUAUGAUAUCUGUUGUUAUAAGGUUCGUCGAUGAUCAAGGUUGUCCGAGAGAAAGACUCAUUUCAACAGGACAUGGAACAGCUUCAGAUAUUUUGAGGAUUUUGAACUUGAAGAAUAUCGACCUUUUCAAUUUAUCUUUGCAAUCCUAUGACUUUGCUUCGGCAAUGUCUGGAAAGUUUAUUGGAUCCUAA